AUGCCUUCCAACUGUCUGUCUGUGAAGACCCCCCUGUCUAAACACCCUAGGAGCCCCCAACACAUCCCGAACCCCCCAACACACCCCCAACACAUCCCGAACCCCCCAACACACUCCCACCACAUCCCGGACCCCAACACAUCCCGAACCCCCCAACACAACCCCACCACAUCCCGGACCCCCAACACACCCCCACCACAUCCCGAACCCCCAACACACCCCCAACACAUCCCGAACCCCCCAACACACCCCCAACACAUCCCGAACCCCCAACACACCCCCACCAUAUCCCGGACCCCACCACAUCCCGGACCCCCAACACACCCCCACCACAUCCCGGACCCCCAACACACCCCCACCACAUCCCGAACCCCCCAACACACCCCCACCACAUCCCGGACCCCCAACACACCCCCAACACAUCCCGGACCCCCAACACAUCCCCACCACAUUCUGGACCCCCAACACACCUCCACCACAUCCCGGACCCCCAACACACCCCCAACACAUCCCAUACCCCCCAACACACCCCCAACACAUCCCGGACCCCCAACACACCCCCACCACAUCCCGAACCCCCAACACACCCCCACCACAUCCCGAACCCCCCAACACACCCCCACCACAUCCCGGACCCCCAACACACCCCCAACACAUCCCGGACCCCCAACACACCCCCACCACAUUCUGGACCCCCAACACACCUCCACCACAUCCCGGACCCCCAACACAUCCCCACCACAUCCCGGACCCCAACACAUCCCCACCACAUCCCGGACCCCCAACACAACCCCAACACAUCCCGGACCCCCAACACACCCCCACCACAUUCUGGACCCCCAACACACCUCCAGCACAUCCCGGACCCCCAACACACCCCCACCACAUCCCGGACCGCCAACACACCCCCACCACAUUCUGGACCCCCAACACAUCCCCACCACAUCCCGGACCCCCAACACACCUCCACCACAUCCUGGACCCCCAACACACCCCCACCACAUUCUGGACCACCAACACACCCCCACCACAUCCUGGACCCCCAACACACCCCCACCACAUCCCGGACCCCCAACACACCCCCAUCACAUCCCGGACCCCCAACACACCCCCACCACAUCCUGGACCCCCAACACACGCCCACCACAUCCUGGACCCCCAACACACCCCCACCACAUUCUGGACCCCCAACACACCUCCACCACAUCCCGGACCCCCCAACACACCCCCACCACAUCCUGGACCCCCAACACAUGCCCACCACAUCCCGGACCCCCAACACACCCCCACCACAUCCUGGACCCCCAACACACCCCCACCACAUCCUGGACCCCCAACACACCCCCACCACAACACGUUUUAUAA